UUUAGUUAUUACUUGAUGACAAGUGGACCUCCUUGUAUGAUGCUGUCUCAGCAUGUCCCAGGUCCUCCGUUCGUUUACAACCACCACAUCCCAACCUCCCAGUCAGGAAGUUUUGGUGAUGUACCAUGUGAUCGACCGUCGGGCCGUCCAAUGGCAUUCAAGAGAAUAACCGGAUAUCCAACAAAGAGAAGAGUUGAUUAAAUGUAACCAAUGGUGUAGAAUGGGCGCGGUUAGCUGUCAAAACAGGUCAAUCCUCUAUUUCGCCCGAAUUUCCACCUGGCUGCAGUGAAAGGAGGUGGAUUGAAGUUGGCGAAAUGUUGAGUUUGGGGAGCAGUGGAGGAAAACAACCUGCCAAACCGUCGUUUGUAUCUUACGUUACACCCGAGGAAAUCAACCCAGAAAAAGAGACAUCCAAAAAAGAGAGACUCCCUGCUUUGUUGCCAGGUGAGGUGGUGUUCUGCAGUGCCAACCCCGUGCUCAAGUUCACCCAGGAUGAGUUGUCCCAGCGCGGGGUCUUUGGGACUCUGGUCUGCACCAACUUCCGCGUCUCCUUCAUCAGCGAUGAGGCUCAGACGGAGGACACGACCCAGCACUUUAAGAAUAAGCUAUAUGGAGAGAACGAUAUUCCCCUGAUGUGUGUGGAUCACAUCUAUGGAGGAUAUGAUGACAAGAAGAAACUGAUAACUGGUCCCCAGUUAAAGAACAAGUAUCCAUCAAAAAUUAUCAUUCACUGCAAAGACCUUCGCGUUUUUCAAUAUUGUUUAACCUUCACAGAUGAAAAAGAUGCCAGGAAGAUUUUCCAGGGCAUCGUGCACCACUGUUUGGAGUCCAAGUCCCUUAAAUGUGUCUUCGCCUUCUCGUACAGUGCCAAUAAUGCAGAGAUGCAGCGGAAAUGGAGAACAGUUAUGUUUGACGCCACAGAGGACUGGGCACAGGAGAUGAAACGGACGAAAGGAAACUGUAGAUUAGUAACUGAAAACUAUGCAUUUGAACUCUUUCCAAGGUUGCCGCAGUACUUUAUUGUGCCUGCAGCGGUCACAGAUGAGGACUUCCAGACGGCCAAGAAAUUCAACGGGAAAGGUUUACCGAUUUGGUGCUGGUCCCAUCACAGCGGCUGUGCACUGUUCAAAACGGCCACGGUGCCUCUGAUGCAGGAGGAUACAGUGUCUCAGAACUACGUGGAGAGAAUGCUGACUGCGGUGGCACAGAACCAUCUGUACUCGGUGAAGACGGAGGACCUCGGUGACACCCUGCCCUCUCUACAGGAGGUGCAGCUGGCAUACUCCAAAUUCAAGCAGUUCUUCCUCAUUGACAAUUCGACAGACUUCUGGGUGUCGGAUGUCAAAUGGUUUUCAUCUUUGGAAAAUACUGGAUGGCUAGACAUCAUCAGACAGUGUCUACAGAAAGCUCUGGAGGUGGUUGAAUGUUUGGAGAAAGAAAACACGAAUGUCCUUAUUAUGGAUGAGGAGGGCUCGGACCUGUGUUGCGUGGUGUCCAGCCUGGUGCAGCUGAUGCUGGACCCCUACUACAGGACCCUGAUGGGCUUCCAGAGCCUGGUCCAGAAGGAGUGGGUCGCAGCUGGACACAACUUCCAGGACCGCUGCAAUCACCUCCACCACAAGGACAAAGAGCACCUCCAGUCGCCGGUGUUCCUGCUGUUCCUGGAGUGCGUGUGGCAGCUGCUGCAGCAGCACAGCCCGGCCUUCCAGUUCUCGGAGACCUACCUCACGGUGCUGUCCGACAGCCUCCACGUGCCCGUCUUCUCCACCUUCCUCUUCAACAGCGCCCAGCAGAGACUCGGCAUGCUGCUCACGGCCGAGUCGCCACAGCAGCAGCCGUGGACACAAAGGGGCCCAUUGAGCUGCCCCACCGUGUGGGACUGGUCGGUGCAGUUUGACUGCCGCUCGCAGGAGUUCUUCAUUAACCCCGUCUACUCUGAGAAGCUGCGCGUGGACAAGGCGGCCAAGAAGUCACACCGACCCAAACAUACGAGGCAGUUGUCGCUGCCUGCCUUCAAGACCCCGCCCAAGAAGGGCUUCUUCAAGGAGGAGACGGACAGCCUGAAGAAGAUGCUGCGCGCCAAGCGCCUGAGCCGCUGGAUGCUGUCUCCGGACGCCUCUCCGCAGGCGGCCUCGCGCGAGUUCUACGAGGCGUGGCAGCGCCGGCCGCUGGACUACCACGGAGUGCUGCUGCCGCAGCUGGACGGCCCCGCCGUGCGCGUCUGGAUGCAGCGCUACCUGCGCUGGAUCCCUGAGGUGCAGAUCUUCGGCGGCGGGGCCGUGGCGCUGACGAGUCGGCUCUCCGAGCUCCAGGUGGAGGUGCAGGAGCUGGUGAGGAGGCUGGAGAGGCACGGUGGGCAUGGGCAUGGAGGUGGAGGUGGUGGGGGGGUGUACUACCGAGAUGGACCGCCACCGCCAUAUCCAGGCGCCAGCACGCCGUCCCCAACGCUACUGCAGAUGCCCUCGCAGUCGCACCUGCUGCGCUCGUCCGUGCGGCUCUCCUCCUCCUUCCCCUUCAUCUCGGUGCGGAACUGGUCCUUCAAGCCGGCCAUCCCCACCAGUAUGGGGCCCCAGGGCCUGAGCUUCACCGACCCGGACAACAUCGCCAGCAAGGAGGACGAGUACAGCGAGACCAUCAGUCUGGUGUGAGACCAUCCAUCCAUCCAUCCGUGCACUCCACUUACUGGGAUCCGGACCACCCAGGGUGCAUGAACAACCCUGGACUUGCUACUGCCUUAAGUCCGUGGCAUUGCCUCUGCCGUUUGGCUGUAAGGCUGGGGCUUGGGCUCUGACUCUCUAACUACAGGGUAACAUAGGCCUACACUUCCUGCUACACACAUGGCAAAAUUACAAGUGUAACACUGAGGGUUUUUCACGAACCCAAAUCACGGAUUUCAGCAUAAUGGAAGCAUGGAGGAGGAGGAGGAGGAAGAGGAGGAGGAGGAGGUGGUGGUGGUCCAAGCUGAUCUCUGCCACAUGUGCCCUUACUGUGGCACACAAGACAUAAACACUCAAUGCUGAACACAGGAUGCCAUUCCAGCAAGAAGGAGUAUCUUCACCAAGUCACUGUGCUUGUCCUUGGCUGUAGGAGUGUAGGUGUUUGUUUUUAAAUGACAGCUAAUAUCAAGGUGAACCUUUUAUGUUAUGUUAUGUUUUAUGUUUUAUGCCUACUGCUCGCGUACGGUUGCAAAAUGGGAUCACAGCAAAAGUGUGAUAAUAACUGUAUUGUUAUCAGCACUUGCAGCCUUACAAAAAAAAAACCCACACAUUUUGAAUGUUUUCUUUUUUCAAAACGACAUAGGAACCAAAUCCGGCAGCACUUGGCACGACUCAGGGCCUACAGAUACAGUAUCAGUGUUGUUAACCAUGAAAAGUGGAGGCUUUAUUGUGUGUGUGCCUGUGUCUCUGUCUCUGUCUUUGUCUCUGUGUGUCUUUAAACAUUCUUUGAAAAGUAAUUUUGGGUCCAUGCAAAACUUGCCUGGUAUUGUGCCUCUAUAAUGAGCCAUAACAUCAAAGCAAAAAACAAAGAUGUUGUCUUAAAAACAUGAAUGGGGACCCUAUCAAUGCCUUAUGAAGGGACCCAUGGCCAUGGUGUGUACUAGUGUCUCUGUCUAUAAUAUUAUGACCAACGACCUUAUUGUAGCUGAAUUAAUGUUACCUUUGUUUUCACGAUUGCCAUUGUAUAUUUGUUACAGUCAUGCCAGCCAUCUUUUUCCUUUGAAAAGUGACUUCGUAAGUAUGUAUGAGGGCUUUUUUGUUUGUCUUAUUUUAAUUUGUUUUUAGCGCCAUCCACUGGAGAAGAGGUAAAGUUAUUUUUUUUAAGUAAACAGUGGUGGAAUUAUGGAGGAAGAAACCCUGAUAGUAAUUCCUGUCUUUAGUCCAAUAAGUAUUUAAUACUUUGAACAUUUGCUGUUGUAUGGAAAACAAAGAGGCUGUCUUAGUAUGAAAUCUAGUACAGAUUUUUUUUUUUAAGGAAAGGUUUUAUACUGUCAUUAAUCAUAGGCCUAUAGUUGUCCUAUGUGUAACGGACUGACUAUGCACUUGAGACAUAUUCCUGGUUUGCUAGUGGACCAGCUUAAAUUGAGGAAUAGUUAAUUACUGUUAAUUACUGUAGUACUUGUAUAACACACUUGUUACCAGACAUCUGCACCGAAACGUGUUGUGUCUUGCGCUUUGUAAAACAUUGUUUACUCGUUUUAAGAAUUGCCUACAAUGCCAAAAAGCCCUAUAUUUACUGUAUAUCUUUCACUGUUCACUGUAUGCCUUUGACCAGUCCUGAACAAUGCAUGUAGAGACAGUCACAGUGCCUGUGAGACCAAUUACCCUGCUGCCUUUUGUAGAGAAUGACUGUAUUAACAAGCACUGAGAAAAAAAAAUCAUAAAUGAUAGUGUUAUAGUAUACUAAUAAUCACUCUUGGAUUCCCUUUGUAAUUGUUUUGCACUAUAGCUAUGCUGACGUCCGACACUGAAUUUGUCACUUUAAUAAAAUAUGUUCACACAGCUUAAAUUCC